GGCUCCUCCCGGGACCCCGGCGCCGACAGAGGGCGGGGGCGCGCCGGGCUGGUGUCCUGGCAACCCCGGAACGCGCUUCCGCGCGGGAAGCCAGCAGACCCGCUGAGCUCUCGCCCUCGGCUCGGGUUCCUCGCCCGCCCGGCGCCCGGCAGUUCUGCCGCCGGUUGGUGCGUUGAUCUGGCCGCAUCCUCGGUGGAGAUCUCCGCAGAGGGAACGGGUGGAAGCCCGGGAGGUGGAAGGGGAAGGAGCACCUGGCGCCGGCGGGGCAAGCGCCCUGCAGCAGAGAACUGGCGAAGGCAAGACAAAGGAGACUCCGCCAUGACCACAGUGGAGAAGAGAGACAGUACUAAACACAGCAAUUUUCUGGAAUCUAAGGGAUGCUUUGCCAACACAACAUCCUCCAGCAGAAAGGUCAGCCGCUCAUCUUCUGUUGAAACAUGUCUUAGUGUGAGCGAGCCUCCAGGCCUCUGCAAAGUGUCUGCUCACCUAGACCUGGCUGCAGAUUUGGGUCUGAAAUCCUCCUCCUCACAUUCUGAUCACUCCUCUGAAACCUCAUUGCCUGAAGUGCCAAAGGAUAAAUAUCGUGAGGAGUUCAGUCUGCUUAAAUUGCAGACAAAAGAUGGGCAGCGUCCGGAAUGGACAUUUUACCCAAGAUUUAGCAGCAAUAUCCACACCUACCAUGUUGGAAAGCAGUGUUUCUUUAACGGGGUCUUCCUUGGCAACAGGAGGUCUCUGUCAGAGAGAAUGGUGGACAAGUGCUUUGGGAGGAAGAAAUACGAUAUUGAUCCUAGGAAUGGAAUACCAAAGUUAACUCCAGGAGAUAAUCCAUAUAUGUACCCAGAACAGAGUAAAGACUUCCACAAAACAGGAUCAACUCUCCCACCAGUGAAUUUCUCCAUAGUGCCUUAUGAAAAGAAAUAUGAUACAUUUAUUCCACUAGAGCCUCUUCCACAAAUUCCUACCUUGCCUUUCUGGGUGAAGGAGAAAGCCAACAGGCUGAAGCACGAGAUAAGAGAGGUGGAGGAGCUUGAUAACUGGCAACCAGCGUCCCCCUUGGUGCACAGUUUAUACCCUCCUGGUGGGUUAAAGAACCUUCAAAGAACAGUAUAAAAACUGGAGGCAAGCCUGGAAGAGAAGGCCUUUGAGAGGCUUCACAGUGGAGAGGAGAGAAGGCGAAGCCUCUCCCAGAGUGGAUGGUGUCCUUUGCCCCAACGUGGUCCUUGGGCUGAUGACACGGCCAUGCAUCACUGGUUGAGUGUGUUGGUUGAGCACUGGUAAUCUUAUAAUGGAGCACAGCCUUUAACUCUGUGCCUCUAUCCACAGGUUCUCUGGAUUCCGCAAGACAGUCCUGAACAGAAACAGGUCCGUAGAACCCGUACUGACUAGUCAGGGGAGCCCCUUCGAUCGAUCACUUCUGUCAGUGUGACUGCUCUAAAUCAAACGCUUGACUUUGAUGAGUAAUCACUGUGCUGUGCUCUUUUUAACUUUAUAUUUUGAAAACUUUCAAACUUACAGAGAAGUUGUGAGACUCAUUCAAUGAAAAAAUCCCCACAUAUCCCUCAUCCAGAAUCUACAACUGUUAACAUUUGUCAAACUUGGUGCCUUCUCUCUCUUUCUUUUGUUACUCUUAUUGUUUUGUGGAAUUAUUUGAGAAUGAGUGGCUGCCAUCAUAGUCCUUUACUAUAUAAUUUAACAUGUAUCUCCUGAGGUAAAGGAUCUUCUCCAAUGGUUGCCAUAUAAGUAUCAAAUUCAGAGAACUUAAAAUUAACACUGAUGCAAUUCUACUGGUAGACGGCCAGUCUUCAGUUUUAUUCAGUUAAAUUUAGUUUUCGAAGGAUACUCUCAAAUUAUUGGUAAAAUGCAGGCAUGGGGCUUUCAUUAAUUUGGUAAAAUUGUUCUUAUUAAUA